AUGUCCACAUUACAAAGUAUAAGCUCUCAAACCGACGAUGUAUGGGGAAGCACAGACUAUAAUGCCGUAGACAAAUCCUGGGACAAGAUGCAAGAAGAGUUUUCAAACGCUGGAUAUCGAGAAGGAAUCACAUUCGGAAAGGAAUCCGCGCUUCAAGAAGGGUUUGAUACCGGAUUCGCGCAGACAGGUGCCCCAAUAGGACGUCAGCUAGGCGUCCUCAGGGGUCUCGUUGCGGCUCUCAAGGUAGCGACGCAGAAAUCAAUAAUGUUCCAAGGAUCAGACGAGGUCUCAGUAUCCGUGGAAGACUUGCAACAGCGUUUGAAUAGAUUAGGUCUAAAGGAUCUCGCUCCUCGAGACAUGCAGGCCGAAGCCCAUGCGCGGGAACACAGAGAUAUUGAAGCAGAGGGAACCGAUGAUGCGCUCGCGAGCGCGUUCAUGUCGUUGGACACGAAGGAAAGCCUGGAUGGCAAGGAAGAGCUGCUGGCCGUAGAAAGGGAAGUUCACCAACUUUUGGACAAACUAGGACUGCAAGUUUCGUGGCCUCUCUGA